CACAAUUCAGACCAAAAAAGAAAAAAAAAUGAGCCUCAAAACCACAUGCCUAACAUAUUUUGUUGCCAUCUUUGCAGUCUUAUUGGCAUCUAGACAUGUCAUUGAUCCAAACUCAUCACCCCUCAAACACAUUGUGGAUCUUAGUCUGGCCACAACUUCAUCAGUGCCUAGUAAUAUUAUUUCUUAUCUCAUCCCAAACCACAUUGGCAGACAUCACAAAAAGAAAGACAAUGGAACCAUAGGAUCCAUCUGUGAUGACUUCCCACGUGGCUUUCCUCCUCCAGACCCCAACACAACCUCCUACCUUUGUGUCGAUCGAAAUGGCUGUUGUAAUUUCACAUUGGUUCAAGCAGCUGUUGAUGCAGCUCCAGCUGUUAGCCAGAAAAGAACAAUAAUUUGGAUUAAUAAUGGGCUUUACUAUGAGAAAAUCUUGAUUCCGAAAAACAAACCCAAUAUAACAUUUCAAGGACAAGGGUAUGAAUCGACUGCAAUUGCUUGGAAUGACACAGCUAAUUCAUCUCAUGGCACAUUUUAUAGCGGUUCUGUUCAAGUUUAUGCUGACAACUUUGUUGCUAAGAACAUAAGCUUCAUGAAUGUGGCUCCAAUUCCAAAUCCUGGUGAUUUUGGAGCUCAAGCCGUAGCCAUUAGAAUAUCAGGAGACCAAGCUGCGUUUUUGGGUUGUGGAUUCUUUGGAGCCCAAGACACCCUUCAUGAUGAUAGGGGCCGCCAUUACUUUAAGGAUUGCUAUGUACAGGGUUCCAUUGAUUUCAUCUUUGGCAAUGGAAGGUCACUCUAUGAGAAUUGCCAGUUGAUCUCCAUGGCAAAUCCAGUCCCUCCAGGAUCAAGGAACGUAAACGGCGCCGUCACAGCGCAUGGCAGAGCUUCCAAGGACAACAACACUGGGUUUGCAUUUGUCAACUGCUUUAUCGGAGGGACUGGAAGAGUGUGGUUGGGUCGAGCAUGGAGGCCUUUUUCACGAGUGGUUUUCGUCAACACAACAAUGGCUGACAUUAUAGCUCCUGAAGGCUGGAACGAUUUCAACGACCCAACAAGAGACCAGACCAUAUUCUUUGGAGAAUACAAUUGUUCUGGUGCAGGAGCUAAUAUGACCAUGCGAGCGCCUUUUGUACAGAAAUUGAAUGACACACAAGCUUCAACUUUUCGGAACGUUUCUUUCAUUGAUGGAGGGGAUUGGUUGCAGCACAAUAUCAAUUAGUCUCUCUCAGUCUCUCUUUUGAGGCUUUCUUUGGUCUCUCUAACUUCAAUGUGAUCUCGUGUGAUUGUUCAUUCUCGUUCAUAGGCGACCACAAUGUGUAUCAAACAAGUACAUUUGCAACAGUUAACAAAUGAAGAUCGCAUCCCAUGCAUGUGUUUAGAUCUCGAAGAAAAGAAAAAC